GGCGGGCCGGGCACGAGAAGGGCUGGGCCGAGGUGCCGCGGGGUUGCAGGAGGGUCGUGGGCGGUGUGCAGGAGACAUGUCGGCGGGCAGCAGCUGCAGCCAGACUCCCAGCCGGGCCAUCCCCACUCGCCGCGUAGCCCUCGGCGAUGGCGUGCAGCUCCCGCCCGGGGACUACAGCACCACCCCCGGCGGCACACUCUUCAGCACCACCCCGGGAGGAACUAGGAUCAUCUAUGACCGGAAAUUCCUGAUGGAGUGUCGGAACUCACCUGUGGCCAAAACACCCCCAAAGGAUCUGCCAACCAUUCCUGGGGUCACUAGCCCUACUAGUGAUGAGCCUUCCAUGCAAGCCAGCCAGAGCCACCUGCACAGCAGCCCGGAAGAUAAGCGGGCAGGCGGUGAAGAGUCACAGUUUGAGAUGGACAUUUAAGGGACCAGCCAUAGGACACCGUGAUGCUUCUGGGCCCCUGGGGCCCUUGGGAGGAGAGCGACAGCAAGCAGUCAGGCCUUGUACCAGGCAGACACUGGGUGUGGACCUGCCACCCAGUCCUGCUCAUCACUCAGGGCACCUACUCUGCCUUCCAUUUGUGAACACCAGCACAUACCUCCUUGUGCCUCUGUUGAUACCGAGCUGCUACUCCAGGGGGAUGACUCUCACCCACUCACACCCUCCCUGCAUCAAGUGCCAGCGAGUGGAUGCAGAGGAGUCUGUCAGAAUUAUCUGGCAAUUCUAGCCCCAGCCUCUGGAGCACACCCAAUUCUCCUUAGGUUGGAGUACCUGGGAAAGCCACCCCUUUACUUCUUCUUUCCCUGAGAGGAAAUAAAAGCCACAUUUACCCUAGGCCCACCGCUGGGCCCUGUCUGAA